AUGCUUUCGAGAAUGGCUGCACGUCAAUUCAAGAGCUUGGCUCUUUGUCAAAGGCUUUAUGCCACGGCAGGGGCCAGCGCCAAUCAGGUCAUGGUUUCCAAGCAUGUGCAGGAAGUGGACCCUGAAAUGCAUGAUAUCUUAACCAAAGAGCGUCACAGACAAAAGCAUUCGGUGACUCUAAUUCCCAGUGAAAACUUCACUUCUAAGUCUGUUAUGGAUUUGCUAGGCUCUGAGAUGCAGAACAAAUACUCUGAAGGUUAUCCAGGCGAACGGUACUAUGGCGGUAACCAGUUUAUCGACCAAGCCGAAUCUCUUUGCCAGAAAAGGGCGCUGGAACUCUACGGUUUGGACCCGGAAAAAUGGGGUGUCAACGUCCAGGCUUUGAGUGGAGCACCAGCAAACUUGUAUACUUACUCUGCAGUCAUGGAUGUGAACGAUCGCCUGAUGGGCUUGGAUUUGCCUCACGGUGGCCACUUGUCACACGGCUAUCAACUGGCUAGCGGAACCAAGAUUUCGUACGUCUCCAAAUAUUUUCAAACCAUGCCGUAUCACGUCGACGUUCAAACAGGGUUGAUUGAUUACGACACUUUGGCACAAACUUCCAAAUUGUUCAGACCCAAAGUCAUAGUUGCAGGGACUUCUGCUUACUCCAGACUUCUAGAUUACAAGCGCUUCAAGGAAAUCUCCGAUGCUUGCGGCGCUUAUUUGAUGAGCGACAUGGCCCACAUUUCUGGGCUGGUAGCUGCAGGCGUCAUUCCAUCUCCUUUCGAUUAUUCAGACCUUGUCACCACUACAACUCAUAAAUCCCUGAGAGGACCUCGUGGGUCGAUGAUAUUUUACAGAAAAGGUGUCAGAAAAGUCACGAAAAAGGGCAAAGAAGUGAUGUAUGAUUUGGACAAACGGAUCAACUUUUCAGUCUUCCCUGGUCACCAAGGUGGACCUCACAAUCAUACAAUCUCUGCGCUCGCAGUAGCAUUGAAGCAAGCAGCUACGCCGGAGUUCAAGCUAUAUCAAGAGUCUGUUGUGGAUAACGCUCGUGUCUUUAGCGAAGAGUUAAAGAAACGUGGUUUCGAGCUGGUUUCUGGUGGCAGCGACACUCAUUUGGUUUUGAUUGAUUUAUCAAACAUUGGUAUCGACGGAGCUCGCUUGGAGACAGUUUUAGAAAAGAUUAACAUUGCAGCGAACAAGAACACUGUACCAGGCGACAAGUCUGCUCUGUUCCCCUCUGGUUUGAGACUGGGUACUCCAGCUAUGACUACUCGUGGAUUUGGCCGCGAGGAAUUUGUUAGAGUUGCCGAGUAUAUUGACAAAGCAUCCAAAAUAGCCAUUGGUUUGAAAUCGCACGAGCCAGCGGAUGCGAAAGACGUCAGAUCGAAAUUAGCCAAUUUUAGACAACUGUGUGAAGAGAGCCGCGAGGUCGCCUCGUUGGCCGAGGAGGUAUCGCAAUGGGCCGGCAGCUUCCCCGUUCCAGGCGAGUUAUAA